GUGCAUAUAAGAAGAUUGUAGCAGUAGAAGUUGGACUAGAUAGCUGGUGGACGAGUUUUAACUCCAUUCUUAUAAGCUUCUCUCUCUCUCUCGAUAUCUCUCUCGAUAUAUAUAAAUAUAAUCUUGACCUCCUUUGUUCAUCUCCCAUUUACUCAUGGAGGAUGCUAAAGUUGUUGAAGCCAAAGACGGAGCCAUUUCUGUUGCUUCUGCUUUUGCUGGUUAUCAGGAAGCUGUGCAGGACAGAGACCAUAUUUUCAUAACAAAAGCUGUGGAAGAAGCAUACAAGGGGGUGGAAUGUGGCGAUGGAGGUCCGUUUGGUGCAGUUGUUGUCUGCAAGGAUGAAGUAGUUGCGAGCUGUCAUAACAUGGUCUUAAAACAUACUGAUCCAACUGCUCAUGCAGAAGUGACGGCAAUACGAGAGGCUUGCAAAAAGCUCAACCAGAUUGAGCUUGCAGAAUGCGAGAUAUAUGCAUCAUGUGAGCCUUGCCCUAUGUGCUUUGGUGCUAUUCAUCUGUCAAGAAUUAAGAGGUUGGUUUAUGGUGCGAAAGCUGAGGCCGCAAUUGCCAUUGGGUUUGAUGACUUUAUUGCUGAUGCAUUGAGGGGCACUGGGGUUUAUCAGAAAUCUAACUUGGAGAUCAAAAAAGCUGACGGAAAUGGAGCAAUUAUCGCUGAGCAAGUAUUUGAAAAAACAAAGGAAAAGUUCACCAUGUACUGAUCAAAACUGGUUGGAGUGGUCAUAAGGAAAGAUCAUCAGCUCUACUGCUUGACCAUUAAUUGGACCAGUUGCAGUGCCGCUCAUACGUUCUUUGAAUAAGUAUAUUUAAUGUACUUCUGUUAAAAACUUUUUCGAACUCCGAAGCCUUUUAUAUGGCUCCAUCUGAAAGUGCAAUAGUGGCAAAAUUGCCUUCAUAGGCUGAUGCUGUAUUUAAUUGUCAAAUAUUUAAAUUUCAAGUACUUUGUAAAUUUUUUAAAAAAGGUUCUUUUUCUUUGA